AUGUUCCAGCUGACAGUCACCCCAGAAACAGCUCUUGCUGAUGAACCAUUGUGCAUCAGAGCAGCUGGACUUAACCCUUUUCAGGUGGUAACUUUCAAGGCAUCACUGACAGAUGAAAAAGGGAAGCUCUUCCAGUCUCGAGCUUUCUACAAGGCUGAUGAGGCUGGCAAUGUGGACCUAGAGCAAGCAGCUGCUCUUGGGGGUGACUAUGUAGGCGUCCAUCCCAUGGGUCUCUUGUGGUCCUUGAAGCCUGUGAAUCCAUUUCGGCGACUAAUGAAGCAGGAUGUAAUGAAUAGCCCCUUUUAUGUUCAACUCGAACUCUAUGAUUCAUUUCUCCACGAGGAUUCUCCCAAGGUUCAACCAAAAGCUAGUCAGAUGAUAGAACGUUGGUUCUCAGGUCCUGGGCUGCAGCGGAUCCCAAUUAGGGAAGGUCGAGUUCGAGGAGCCUUAUUCCUCCCUCCAGGAGAAGGCCCUUUCCCAGGGGUAAUUGACUUAUUUGGUGGCAUUGGAGGCCUGAUUGAAUUUCGGGCCAGUCUCUUGGCCAGUCAUGGCUUUGGCGUAUUGGCCUUGGCAUAUUUUGCCUAUGAAGACCUGCCCAGACACUUAUUGGAAAUAGACCUGGAAUAUUUUGAGGAAGCUGCCAAUAUGCUGAUGCAUCACCCAAAGAUCCACAAGUCAGGGAUUGGGGUGAUCUCAGUAAGUAAAGGUGCAGAGAUUGGGCUGGCCAUGGCAGUGCACCUGAAACAGGUCGCAGCCACCAUCUGUAUCAGUGGUACUGCCUUCCAUGACACCCAAUGCAAAUAUCGGGAUCUUGUCUUCAACCCAAUCCCCCACCAGAUGGAGUACAUCCAGAUACAUGUGUCAGGGGCAUUAAGGAUGCGUCACAUCAUGGGAGACCCUCGAGCUGAAGUCAACCAACAGAGCGUCCUUCAAGUAGAAAAGGCCCAAGGCCAUAUUCUCUUCAUUGUGGGAGAGAAAGAUGAAUGUCUCAAUAGCAAAGCUUAUGCUGAGCAAGCAAUGGAGCAGCUGAGAAGACAUGGGAGAAACAAUGGGACUCUACUCUCCUACCCUGGUGCUGGGCACCUGAUAGAGCCUCCCUAUUCCCCAUUGUGCUUUGCCUCAUGGAGCCCCUUCCUCUCAAGGCCCCUUCUGUGGGGAGGUGAUAUUGACUGCCACGCAGCAGCCCAGGAACACUCUUGGAGAGAGAUCCAGAAAUUCCUCAGAUGCCACCUCACUCCUUCCAGGAGCAAACUUUGA